AAGUGCAAUCUACCUUUUUUUUUUCUUUCAAUCUCGAUGAGCUCGCCGCGCGGGGCAAUGGCGCCCGACCGCCGGAGGGCUAGCGGCAACGGCGGCGGUUUGCUCGACGGCGUUCAGCGCCGGUACCCGCAUCCCCAUGCCCGCCCGCCCCCCCCACAACCGCAUGGCGAGCGCGGCCCGAUGUGCUGCUGCAGGCAGGCGCGGCAAUGGCGGCCACGGUUCCAGCGGCGGCCGGUCCCGACGACCUCACCGCGUGCGAGGCAGCAGCCGAGAGGUCAGACCAAGGCGACAAGUCCAAUUUCUUGGCAAGUUCAGCGAGUUAGCGUGAGGAGAGGAGCUCGCAAUUGCUUGGGUGGCCCAUUGAUUCUGCUCAAGAUUUUGAGCAGGAGAUGGAGGGGAAUGGCAUCAUGGUGAGCGCGGCGACCGGGGCGAUGAACUCGCUCCUCGCCAAGCUUGCCGCGCUGCUGGAGGAGGACUACCAGAUGCACAAGGGGAUGAAGCGCGAGAUCGCCUUCCUGAAAGAUGAGCUGAGCAGCAUGAACGCGCUCCUCGAGGGGCUGGCCGACACGGAGGCGACGCUCGAUCCGCAGACGAAGGAGUGGAGGAGCCAGGUGAGGGAGAUGAGCUAUGACAUCGAGGACUGCAUCGACGAGUACACGCGCCAGCUCCGCCAUGGGCGGCCGCAGAGGCCCGGUGGCAAUGGCAUCAUGGGGUUCUUCAGUGGCUAUGUGCAGAAGGUGAAGGACCUUGUCGGUCGGCAUGAGAUUGCCGAGCAGAUUCAGGAGCUCAAGGCUCGGAUUGUCGAGGCAGGACAGCGGCGAAAGCGGUACAAGCUUGAUUCAGCAGUUAACUGUAAAAGUAAUCAUGUUGUGCCAAUUGAUCGUCGGUUGCCUGCGCUGUAUGCGGAGUUGGAUGCUCUCGUUGGUAUUGACGGUCCGAGGGAUGAGAUCAUUAAGUCAUUGGAUGAUGGGGAGCAGAGGAUGAAGGUAGUUUCAAUUGUGGGUUCAGGAGGAUUAGGCAAGAGCACUCUUGCUAAUCAGGUGUACCAAAAAAUCGGGAACCAAUUUGAUUGCAAAGCUUUUGUGUCACUUUCGCAGCAUCCUGUCAUGGGAAUGAUCUUUGAAACCAUACUCUACCAAGUCAAUGAUGAGGUUGGUACAAUCAGAUCAGGGGAUAAGGAGCAGGUCAUCAAUGAACUGAGGGCUUUCCUGAAGAACAAGAGGUAUUUUAUUGUGAUAGAUGACAUAUGGAGUGCCCAAGCAUGGAAGACCAUUAGAUAUUCGUUGCUUGAGAAUAAUUGUGGCAGUAGAAUAUUAGUGACAACAAGAAUAGGUACUGUUGCAAAGUCAUGUUCCUCCCCUUGCCUUAAUCUUGUAUAUGAACUAAGAGUGCUGAGCGAAGAUGACUCUAAAAGGUUAUUUUUCAGAAGAAUUUUUGGUUCUGAAGAUAAAUGCCCUCAUCAAUUGAAAGAUAUUGCAGUUGAAAUUGUGAGGAAAUGUGGUGGUUUACCAUUGGCAAUAAUUUCUAUGGCUAGUUUGUUGACUACUAAAUCAUAUGUAAGAGCAGAGUGGUUCAAGGUGCGGGAUUCAAUUGGUUCAGGAAUUGAGAAAAAUUCUGAUGUGGAGGAGAUGAACAUGAUAUUAUCUCUGAGUUAUUAUGAUCUUCCUCAUCAUUUAAGGACUUGUUUAUUGUAUCUAAGUAUGUUUCCAGAGGAUUAUGUGAUCAACAGGGACUAUCUGGUAAGAAGGUGGGUAGCAGAAGGAUUCAUCAAGGCUAAUGGUGGAAGAACUUUUGAGGAAGAAGGUGAAUGCUAUUUUAAUGAACUUAUAAACAGAAGCAUGAUCCAACCAGUACAUACCCAGUACGAUGGUAGAGUUUAUUCAUGUAAGGUGCAUGAUAUGAUACUUGAUCUCAUUAUAUCAAAAGCAACUGAAGAAAAUUUUGUUACUAUCGUUACUGACAGAAAACAAAUGUUGGUCUCAAAAGACAAAGUUCACCGACUCUCAUUUUACAACUAUGGUCAAGAAGAUGUGACAUUAUAUUCCAUGGUUACUACUCAUGUUCGAUCCUUGAAUAUAUUUAGAUACAGUGAACAAAUGCCUCCUCUUUCUAAUUUCCCAGCCUUGAGAAUGCUGGAUCUAGAUGGAAAUAACAAUUUGGAAAGCAGUUAUCUUGAGGAUAUUGGGAAGUUAUUUCAGUUGAGGUACCUACGGAUUAGAGCAAGUAAUAUUUCUCUCCCAGAUCAAAUAGGUGAGCUGCAGUUUUUGGUAAUACUGGAUCUUCUCAACUGUAUUGGUAUAAGCAAAUUGCCAGCAAGCAUCGUGAUACUUCGACAUUUAAAAUGUUUAGUUGUUCAUCGUGUUGAGUUGCCAGAUGGAGUUGGGAACUUGCAAGCUUUAGAGUAUAUGUCACUUGUGGUUGUAGACUACAGUACCUCUGUAAGUUCAUUACAGGAGCUGGGCACUUUGACCAAAUUGAGAACCCUUGGAUUGGAUUGGCGCAUAGGUGAUUUCCACAAGGAAAAACUUACAUACGCGGAUAAUUUUGUUUCAUCACUUGGAAAACUCGGUAGAUCUAACCUACAGUAUUUGACUCUCAUCAGUCCAUGGUCCCUUGAUUUUUUAUUGGAUUCUUGGUCCCCACCUCCUCAUCUCCUUCAGAGGUUAGGAAUCACAGGUUGGUAUCUCAGUAGGAUUCCAGUGUGGAUGGCCUCACUGGCCGACCUCACGUACCUAGAUAUCGAGGUUAAAGUCAGACAAGAAACCCUCCAGAUCCUUGGGAAUUUUCCAGCUUUGCAGUUUCUGGAAUUAUACUCAAAUGCAGCAGACUACGGUGAUAGGUGGCUCACUGUCAGCAACUGUGGAUUUCGGUGCCUGCAGAAGUUCAAAUUUGUCCACUGGAUGAAUCUUGUGUUUGAGGAAGGAGCCAUGCCAAUGCUUGAGACUCUUGAAUUCCAAAUAAUAGCACAUGAGGCACGGACUGAAUGUGGAUUUGGUCCUCCUGAUCUCGGUAUCUGCCACCUCUCUUCCAUCAGGAACCUCAUCAUCAAUAUAUACUGCGAGUGUGCAAGAAUUGAAGAUGUGGAGGCAUUAGAGGCUGCUAUCUGGCUUGCAGCCAGUACUCUUCCUAACCAUCCUACACUAACUUUACACAGAUUUCGUGAAGCAGAGAUGGUAAAGAAUAACCAGGGUAACCUGUAGGACAAGAAGCAACUUAAAAGCUCUGGCUAACCCUGCAUCUGCAAUUGUAAUCAAGGUACCUAUUUAAUAGUGACUGCUCAUUAGAACGAUAUUCUGUUGAUGAUACACAUGGGACUUCAAACGGUGACUUUUGAUUAUUUCCAGGUAAAGCGGAUUAGUUAGUUAGUCAUGUUAGCAGUUGCUGGUGGAACUAGACUUUAAAUUUAUUUUUCAUUUAUAAGUUUAAGCUCUUGCUUGCAGUUGCACUAGCUCAGUUAACUGGCGAACUGAAACUUCCAACUUCCAGGAUGAAUGCACGUAAUAACUGUCUCUAUUUUGUUGACUGCCAUAGACGACUCACACCUCUGUUACCAACUCUUAUUUAAUACUCUUGGGUUCUAGUUCAGUUUUCACAUAUUUGAUUUCUGUAAUGUAGCAAUGUCCAUUUGUAAUUUGUACUGAGUUAGAAAAACUGGCUUAUGACCGAAUUCUUCCAAAACAAGAAAUGAUAUGUUGUUCAAUUUUUUUUUUGACGUGAGAUGUUCCUGUUCAAUUGUUUCAGAUCACAAUUCACAACACUCAACACAGAAGUGGAUUUAGGUCAAACAGUUAGUUCUAACUUCUAAACCCCAGUGUAUGUACAACAUAUCGACAGACAGAAUACUGCAUGGCUGAUUCAACACUCCUGAACAAUGGAGCGAAUGCCACAAGUGUGCCUUUAUUCUUCAGAAUGGAAUAUGGGAGUCCAUCAGCUGUCCUUUUAUGCAAAUAGGCAACCAGUCGAUUACUAUGAACUCUGUACUUCUUUUGUAUUCUAUUCAGCAACCAGGAUUUAUGUAUUUUCCUGACAUUUGUCUUACUUUGAUGUCAACAUGAUGUUUGAAACUUGAACCGCUGUUUCUUGUGUAAUUAGCCUUAAAAAGUCUAAAUUUCAUUUUAUUUGAUAUAUACACUUGUGUAGCAUUACAGAUAUAUGCAACCUAAUAAUCAAGAUUACUGGAUC